UGUCAUAAACAUUACCCAUUUUCUUGGGAAUUUAGUAUACACACUUUAUAUUAUAUUUUUUAACAAAUUAAAAACAAACUAAAAGUUAAUUGUCGGUGGAUUUAGGCUGUAAUAUAAAUAAUGAUAAGUUCAAAACGCUCUUCGCUGACUUCUUCGAAGGGUAGCAACAAAUGCAAUGGUAAACUUAAAGAAAUAUUGUCUUCUUCAUCAAAACCCAAGACAGCUGAACCCAAAGUUCCUGAUAUAAAAGAUCUCUCUAAUAUUCCUGUUAUUAACCAAGCAGAUAAUGCGAGGGUGUUACCAAAAUACACUGCCCUUCUACUAAAAACUAGUGAAGAAGGGGUUUCUAUGGAGGACAUAGAUCAACUGCAACAAGAUCUAGAAAAACUUCUCUGCACUAAUGCUAUAAGAACUAGAUUCUUUAUGGGAGAGUACACUCAAGCUGAUCAAAAAGACGGUGACAAGAAAAAUUCUGAACGGAUGUCCUUAAAAAGAAAAAGACCAGAUGAAAAACUGAAAUACAAAGAAAUAAAAAAUGGAUUAAGACUUAUUAAGAAAGGUCCAUUUAAAGCAUUUAAUGACAAGACAUUUAAAGAAGUUCCAAAGAUAACUUUGCCUAGAAAUGACAACUCUGAUAAAUUCUGGGCAUCAAUUGAACCCUAUUGUGCACCAGUGACCAAGGAUGAUGUCAAUUUUUUGGAUGGUCUCAUUCAAGAAUUCUCAAAAGAAAUUGAUAAAAAAAUUCCUGAGUUAGGUGAACAUUAUGCAAGUAGUUGGUCUGGAGAAUUGAUGAAUGAUGAACAAAAUUUGGGAAAGUCUAAUGCUAAAAGGCAUGCUGAAAUCCGUCGACAUGGAAUGCAAACAUUGGUACACUCGUUUGGGGCUCCACACACCCAAAGACUAUUACAUUUAAUUCAAGAGAAAGCUAGUAAAAUAGAUGAACUUAAGUCUUGUGGGAAUAAACAAAAUGGCUCAAAAACUAAGAAAAUUAAGUCGUCAGAAAUAAGUGAACUAAAGCAGCACAUUGGACAAAAAAUAGGUUUUUGUAUAGAAAAGAGGUUGUUAAGGGAGCUAGUUGAGCAAGGAAUACUUACUCAAGAUGUCAUGUACAGGGAUAUUCCAGAUGAUGAAAUCUUAACAGAAAUCAAGAAGUGCCAACAAGAACUUCUAACAGUGAACAAAUAUAAUGUGGAUGAACUACAUAAGUUACGGACCGCAGUUUUAAAUGACAUUCAUUGCAAUCAGCUUAAAGUUGACUUGGACAAAAUUGACAAGGAGGUUUUGGACUUAUACAAUAAUAUCAAAAUGGCCAGGAUGCAGGAAGAGGGUAAAGACUAUGAUCAAGUUUUUACAGUUAAAAUGAUAGCUGAAUAUGAACGAAAAGCUAAUGCUCUCUUACGGCAACAACAUGUUCUGAAUCGUGAGAUUAACAGCAUGACCAAUAUGUCAAUGCUUUACUGAUGGUUAAAUUCAAUAUAAUUGGGUUCAGUGAAUUAGUACCACAAGGUUGAACACCUUAGGCUGGUACUUUCAAUGAACCUGGUUGUAUUGAAUUGAAACUUAAAUUUUUAUGUUUUCUUAUAAAACUUUUUGUUUCAAUUAUGGUUUUGUGACCAAUUAAUUUGAAAUUUAUCUUAUAAAAAUGGAAAGGUGUAAAAUAUGGGAUCUUAGUUUUCACAUUUUUUUUUUUAAUUUUUAAAGUUUGAGCACAACUGAAUGGUUUAACAUAGAUCUUAAUUCAGUUUUCAACAGACUUAGUGGUAAUAUUUUAGAACUAAGUUAACUAUUUUUUGUGCCGAUGAUGUACAAAGCCAAAAGUCAGUCUUGAACAUCCACAUAUAAUUAUGUAAUUUUUAGAAUUUUUAUGUUGCCGCUAUAGAGCGUAACAGAACUUAACCAUAAGCAAUAACUUUUUAGAGAAUAGUGCAUUUGCUAUAUAAUUAUUAUUGACUUAGGUGAUUAUUAUUGGUGAUCAUAAUAAAUUAAUUUAGCAUGUGCAUGUAAGCAAGGCCUAUGUGGUAAGUGUGCCUUAAACUGGUUAAAAAGUUUAAUACUUAUUACCCUAUUAUAUAGUACUAGAUGUGGGGUAACUCAAGAAGACUUAUAUUUACAUCCUUACAGCCUAUAACUGAAAGUGAAAUAACGCAAAAAUAAUUUCUUCGUGGUCCGUUUGGUUUAUUUAUACAAAAAUAACAUUACAAUUAGCUAUUUAUAGUUUGUCGGUUUUGUACAAAACAUUUAAUUUUAGUUUUCUUUAAAUGGAAAUUCAGAGAAAUUUAAUAAGAUAAUAAGUUGAAUCAUUGAAAAAAAUUGUUGUUCAACUACAACUUUUUAAGAUAUAUUUUUUGUUACAAUUUAUUUUUUAAGCGACAAGUUGUUAUAUUUUAUUGUUUCCUUUACUUAUUUAAUUCCUUAAAGAAGUCACCGUAACCGCUUUUGAAAAUUCUUAGUCUCUUUCAAAUGUUUAAUGUCAAAAAACUUAAUUCUGAAACUACUAACUAGUUUAAGUAAACGCCUAAAAAUACCCUUACAUAUUUAAGUAUUCAAUAUAUUCACAAGUGAUAAAUCAUUAUCGAGUAACUAAAUACUUUAAAAAGAAUGGCAUGCAUUAUAAACUUACCACAUGGAUUCCUUAUGCUUACGCAUCAUGUACUAAAUAUUGCUAUCCUAUUCAAUUACUUGACAUAUUUUUUUUACUUUUGUUUCUUUUUACAUAUAAUAUACUCAAUUAUUGUUUCUAUAAAAACAAUAAAUACCGCGGAAAGCUAGUUGUGGAUGCCUUAAAGAUGCUCCUUUUGAAAGAAACAUCGACAACAAACAAACGACUCAGAUUUUAAAUGUUUUUAGGGAAUAUCUAAGGGCAUUUUUUAAAAAGAA